AUGGGAUGGGGGAAAACUAGCCAACCACAUGUGCAGACAAAUCGAGUAGGUGGCUGGGGAAAGAUCCUGGCUGGACACCUACUGAGUAAACUCAAUGUAGGUUCAGGCAAUACACUGGUCGGACACCUACAGAGUAAGCUCCAUGUAGGUAUAGGGAAGGCAACUUCGGAAUGGGAAACUGUCCAACCACAAGUGCAAACAAAUCCGGCAGGUGGCUAG